AACGUCUAGUGGGGAGGGGGGUGUUAUCUGUGAAAACUGAAUCUGAAAGUUCCAUUCCAUCGCGAAUCGGGAAAAGUGCGAAAACUUUUUGAGCUGUUAUUUUCCAUCUUGGUGAAAGUUGGUCCAACCAAAACUUGAACUAUCAUUAUCACAACUCAACACGUUUUAAUUCCUGUUCUUAACGUCGUUGACAUUUUAACUUCAUAUUUUAAAAGAGCCGUAGCUUUUGAUAACUCAACUGACUAUUCUCAAUCCUAUGCGGUAAGAGACCGUCUAUCGUCUUACUAUCGUGUGCUUUUUCCAAUUGGAAAAACGUGAAAAUUGUGCUCUCGAAUUUGAAGAAACGCGUUAGGAGAUGAAAUUUUGUAGAUAGUAGUUUUAAUUUCGUGUAAUUAGUAAAACCAAUAAAUCAUUCGAUAUAGUUCACCAACGACCGUUAUACAAGCAGUAGUUUGUUUCAAUUUUGCCCUUCAAGAACACCCUUCUGUCUCCGGUGCCCAUUAUGGAUGACCAAAGUGACGACUCGAUGGAGUACCGAAGCAGUAAGCGUCGUUUUACCAAGAAGAAUGAUUCUUCCGAUUCCCAUCUGAGUAUAUCAGAUGACGACGAAGAAGAUGCCGGCGAAUCGUUAGAAAUUAAACCGCCCCAAGCCAGGGUUUACAAACACUCUCGUCAUAGACGUCCGGAGAAACAUUCGAGCAGAAAAUCAUCGUCGCGAGCUUAUUUAAAAGGCCACGAUAUAGAUAGAAUGAAAGAAGAAUACCGUCGAAAAAAAGCUUACUCGCAUCACGCCCAUUUAAAACCUUACGAAGCAGAACGACAACCGAAAGGAGAAGAAGAAUAUCGUCGCAGUAGCAGCAGUAGCAAAAAGGCGUACUCGCAUCACAACGUACAUAGCGAACAUCAUAAAAAACGUUCUCAUCAAGAAUCUAAAGUCGAAGUCUACGCUGCCAAAGAGUACAACGACGAGUAUCCGCGUAGUAAAAAAGCUUACUCGCAUCACGUUCAUCGUGAACAUCGUAAAAAACGCUCUCAUCAAGAUCCCGAAGUCGAAGUUUACGCCAAAGAACCCGAAGUGAAACGUAGACGUCAUCAUAAGUCGUCGUCGGAUUCUCGCCGUCGAGAUCGUGCAGUUAGUCCGCCCGAAAAAGUUAAACAUUCCAGACACUCCAAAUCGUCCAUGGUUGUGGUUUCAGAAGACUCAGGAAGUUCAGCAGGUGAAAAAGAGACCGUAGUCGAUGUCGAAAUAUCACCUCCGGUUUUGAAAGAUGAAGAAGCUACACCUAAGGCUGCGCCUGAACCGGUCGACGAAAAGGAAGAAGAAGAAGUAGAAGAAGAGGAAGAAGAAGGCGAAGACAGUUCCGAUAGCAGCGAAUCGUCCGGCUCAGAAAGCGAUUCAAAUUCGGACAGUAGCUCGACCAGUAGUUCGUCUAACAGCACUUCGGAAGAUGCCGAUGAAGAUGAUAAAAAUGUGGACAAAUCGAUUACUCGCGACGACGAAGAUACUAAAGAUAGUUCGGUUAAGGAAGACUCAUCUCCGAUGGUGCAAGCGUUGAACGAUAUCGAUGCAGAUAUUCAACUGGAAAAGGAUACGUUACCGUGCUACUUUCCGGCCAUUCAAGGCUGUCGUAGUGUCGAAGAGUUCCAAUGCUUGAAUCGUAUCGAAGAAGGAACCUACGGCGUGGUUUAUCGAGCCAGAGAAAAAAGAACCGAUAAAAUAGUCGCUCUGAAAAGAUUAAAAAUGGAAAAAGAAAAGGACGGUUUUCCUAUAACAUCGCUGCGCGAAAUAAACACCUUGUUGAAAGCUCAACAUCCGAAUAUCGUCACCGUCAAAGAAAUCGUAGUAGGUAGUAAUAUGGAUAAAAUUUUCAUCGUCAUGGAUUACGUCGAACACGAUUUGAAAUCGUUGAUGGAAACGAUGAAACAGAAAAAGCAAGGUUUUAGCCCCAGCGAAGUGAAAUGUUUAAUGAUACAGUUACUUCGAGCAGUCAAUCAUCUUCACGAUAAUUGGAUUCUACAUCGUGAUUUAAAAACAUCCAAUUUGCUGUUUAGCCAUACGGGUGUUCUAAAAGUAGGAGAUUUCGGUCUAGCUCGCGAAUAUGGAUCGCCUCUCAAACAGUACACGCCGAUUGUAGUCACACUUUGGUAUAGAGCUCCGGAACUGUUACUAGGCGUUAAAGAAUACUCCACUUGUAUCGAUAUGUGGUCGGUGGGUUGUAUUUUCGCCGAAUUACUCUGCAUGGAACCAUUAUUCCCGGGUAAAUCCGAUCUCGAUCAAUUGAAUCGCAUUUUUAGAGCACUUGGUACACCUAAUGCGAGAAUCUGGCCGGAAUAUCCCGAUCUUCCGCUCGUUCAAAAGGGAGCGAUAUUCCCCGAUUUUCCUGCGCAUAGUAUUAAAUCAAAAUUUGUGCCGAGUAUAGUGAGCGAUAUCGGAUACGAUUUGUUGACUAGUUUUCUAACCUACGAUACCAAAAAACGUAUUACAGCCGAGACUGCUCUCAAACACGACUAUUUCAGCGAACAUCCUCCACCGACUGAGCCAGCUAUGUUUCCAACAUGGCCGUCUAAAAGCGAACCUGGUUAUAGGAAGGCGAUAGCUGCCAGUAGUCCGAAACCACCUUCCGGCGGUCAACGCUAUAAAGAUCUCAAGGAUGAUGACGGAUUCUACAUAGGAGUUGGUGAAGAUAAUCGUGGCUUUAAUUUGAAAUCCACGUUCAGUCUGAAGUUUUAAUUUAUUCGUACGAUUUAUUGUAUUAUUUUAUUUUCAUUUUUUCAUUCGCAUGUACAUAUAUUUAUUUUCUGCGUACAACAUUUUGUAUCAAUUGUAUUCAACGAUGACGUAGUGAUGUAUGAAAAAGGGAUGAGGUAUUUUUUGGUAUUUCUUGACUGUGAUUCUUAAAUUACCUGUAUGUACUUGUAAGUUAUCCGAUUGUGUACAUAGUAUGUUUAAAAGCUGAAUUGACUUGACAUUCUGUGUUUUGUAAAAGGUACUGCUACGUUUCAUUCGUCGAUUAC